AGAAGCUUCUAACUCCAUGGCAAAACCGAUUUUAUAUUCAUAUUGGCGUUCGUCGUGUGCCUGGAGAGUUCGCAUCGCACUUGCUCUGAAAAAUAUCGACUACGAAUACCGGCCAAUCGACUUAUUUUCUGAAGAAUCCAAGAACAAUGCAGAGUUCGUCAAGCACAACCCAGCGAAAAAAGUUCCAACUUUAGUGAUAAAUGGCUUAUCACUGACAGAAAGCUUGGCAAUAAUCGAAUAUUUGGAUGAAGCCUAUCCGGAUCCUCCGUUCCUUCCAAAAGAAUUGGAUAAGAGAUCGUAUUCAAGAGCUAUCGCACUUCAUAUAGUCGCAAGUAUUCAGCCACUUCAAGCAAUCAAUAUCCACAAAAUGCUCAAUGAAAAGGAGCCGGGAUACGGUGACUUUUGGUGCAAUCACUUUGUGAACAAGGGAUUCUUAGCUCUCGAAGAACUUUUGAAGAAGCAUUCUGGGAAAUAUUGUGUUGGAGAUCAGCUUACAAUUGCUGAUAUCAACUUGCCAUCGAUAAUUUAUAAUGCGAAAAUCUACAAAGUCGACAUGUCCAAAUAUCCAACUAUUACUCGAAUUAAUGAGAUUCUGGCGGAAGAUUUUAGAUUCAAAUUGGCUCAUCCAGAUAAUCAGCCAGAUGCUCCAAAUAAAAACUAAUAUUGAACAAUGAAUAAAGUUUUUAAUUGAGA